UCGACACUUCGAGCACGAGGUCGUCUGCAUGACCUCGCAGAUCCAAGCUUGAUCACGACGCGAUGAGACAGACGAACGUGUGAUUCGUGAUUGCGACUGAAACAGCGUCGAGAGGUGGGGGGCGGGGGGCCAUCCAUCGAGGAUCCCCUUCUUCUGUUUCAUCAUCAGGCCACAUGAGCGUGACUUCCAUCUUCGAUCUGCAACUCAGGCUGUCUGUCAUCAAUGCAGGCCUGUCAUUCGCCCAGCCCUUCUCUUCACCAGAUCUCUCUGCAAUCGUGAAUCUGCCUUCAGAAUCGCGCCCCUAACACAGCUCGAUCUACUUAGGGUAAGGGCUUGCCAUGGACGUCGCAGGGAAAUUGCCUAUCCACUCCUCCUCCCCGCCACCAAUCUCCAGCUCAAAGGGAGGAGCAGCCCAGCCAGAACAUGUCGACAAGAGCGUGCCAAAUUUCUGGUCAGGCGUUGGCGAUCACUGGCGCACCAUUGUCAGACUAUUGCUUCUCAUCGGUCUGACUUACCGACUGCAAUGGAGACUCAUGUCCCAACCACUUUGUGCGGGAUCUCUGCAGUCCAAGGCAAUAGAUGGCCCUUUUAGCUGUGCGGUCGCCUCAGCCGACGACCUGCUCGACCUGUUCCUACGGAGCGGAAACGAUGAUGGCACGAACGUCGAGGGCGUAACAACAUCGGCAGCAGCUACACGAUCUGGACCUUUGGCGCAGUGCUUUGAGAGGCUGAAGAAGAGCUCCUCAAUCCUCUUGUCCCUCUUCUCACUGGUAUUCUUGUUCCUCGAGAACUGCAAACCUUGGUCCCAGAUUAGCACUUGGGAUGGGGUCUGCCUCGUGACGUUUGCGGUCUGUGCGCUCUUCGUCGGAUUCCUUGUCAUGCUCGCUCAUCGCAGAGAUUCCCGGCAGCAGAAUGGACACGAAGCUCACGACUCAGAAAAAAGCUGAAGGAGCAUCUCAGCCACCUUGUCAUGGGCCACGCCAAACCAAUUCGACUUACUGCUUGCCGCUUGGCUGUGAGCACGUCACGGGCACAACGUGAGCGUAAGAACAGCGAGUAUUUGUCGUGGGGUCGCUUCCUGCCGGAACUUGCAGGAAUCACAGCCUUACCGCUCAACGCCCGUACGCGGUGACAGACCGAGCGCUCCGAGGGGAAAGAAAAGAAGAAGAAGAAGAAAAAAAAAAUCAGAGAACAGUCACCAAUGCAAAACUCAUCUUGCAGGAAGUUCAUGCGAUCCUUCAAUCAUUGGCCGGUGGUGCCACUUUGCUGAUGGGCAUCUUCUGACCAAUCAACCUCUCUGGCACCAUUCCCUCAAUCCUAUGAGCAAGCAGCUUCGCGCCUAUUUGGCAGUCUUGAGUACAGCUAUGAAUUUACAAAAUGAAUCCG